UAGGUGAAUGCCGUCAUGCCGUUUGGGUGCCUUGCCCUGCGAGAUGGGCGGACCUACGAUAGCAUGUCUGAUGUCACGGACAAGUAUGAGAUCGGACAAGUCCUCCGAGCGAAGGAGUUCUGUGAGCUGUGCCUGGCAAAAGACAGACAAACAGACAAGGUGUUUGUCUGUAAGAAAUUCCUCAAGAAAGACGGCAGGAAAGUCCGCAAGGCUGCCAAGAACGAAAUCAUGAUCCUGAAACUGGUAAACCACCCAAACAUCCUCCAGCUGAUAGACACGUUUGAGACUCGGAAAGAAUACUUCAUCAUCCAGGAACUGGCCACAGGAGGAGAUGUAUUUGACUGGAUCCUUGACCAAGGGAAUUACACUGAGAGAGACGCUUCCAACGUCAUCAGACAAGUCCUCGAAGCUGUGGCGUACUUACACUCUCUCAAUAUUGUUCACAGGAACCUGAAGCUGGAAAAUCUGAUGUACUACACAGAAAAUAACCACAACAAAGUAGUGCUGCGAGACUUCUACCUGUCCAGAUUUGAGAAUGGCCCCAUCACAGAGCCAUGUGGAACACCAGAAUAUUUGGCUCCUGAAGUUGUGGCUCGUCACCGAUAUGGUCGCCCUGUGGACUGCUGGGCCGUGGGUGUCAUCAUGUUCAUUCUUUUAUCGGGAAAUCCUCCAUUCUAUGAUGAAACAGAGGAGGAGAACACCGAUCUACAUAAUCGCAUCAUCUUCUGUCGCAUUGUUGCUGGAGACUUUGAGUUUGACUCCCCUUACUGGGAUGACAUAUCACCUGCAGCUAAGGAGCUUGUCUGUCGACUGAUGGAAGUGGACCAGAUGCUGAGAAUCACUGCACAAGACGCGCUUUGGCAUGAAUGGAUUGCAGGAAAUGGUGCGUCAGAGAAGAAUCUGAAGGAUGGUGUGUGCGCCCAGUUUGAGAAAAACUUUGCCAAAGCCAAAUGGAGGGAGUUGAAGAAAGCGAUCCGUGUCACAACCUUCAUGCAAAGACUGAAGAAUUCAGAAGCUCUCAUUGACAGUUCAGCCGAAGUUCAGGCUGGAGAAGAGGCAGGAGAUGGUGAAGGGGGUGUUUCCCAGGGGACAAGUGAUGAGGGAGACAAGGGGACCAGCGAUGGAGGGGUGACAUCAAGCAGUGUGUCUUUAGAGGUCACUGUUGAGAAUGCUCCAGCUGAUAUGGACCUAAAUGAGGGGACGAUUAAGGGAGGAGAAAAACAGGAGGAGAAAAGGCCUGUGGGCCCUUCUGUUGGAAUUUCUCCCUCAGAUAUUCAGGAACCUGUCUGUCAAUCAAAUGCAGUCCCCAAGCCACCCCAGGAAGAGCCCGAAAAGGUUAGUGCAAAGAAAGGAGGAAGUGAUGGAACCAGAAAGAUUGCUGCCAACUUGGGUCAAAAUAAAGUUGUUCCAGAAUCCAAACAAACCUCUGCAGUGACCCCUGAACCCUCAAAGCCGUUAGACAGUUCUCUGGGCAGUAGUCUUGAGAGAAAACCCAUGCCCACCUCCCCUGAUCCCAGCGGUAAGCGUAAAAUGGCUGCGACUCUUCAUGGCCCUCCACCUACGUCAUCAGCUGUAGCGUCUUCCUCACCAGAGAGGAGAACCACCACCCAGCAGAAGGCAGAGGCUGAUGGGAGCUGGUGUCAGACGCAAGUACCCGAGGCUGUCGCAGAGAGGUCAGUGGGAGCAACAGUCACCCCAGCACUGGGGCCUGGGGCAGCAGUAGAUGCUGGACUAGGAGUUAGGCUAAGGGGUGACAAUAGCCCAGGAGGUAGAAGGGACAGGAAUGCCAGGAAAACAGACAGGUACAGUGCAGAGUUUAGCAUGGCUGGGACCGGUGCCAUGCCAGGCCAGGGUUGUUAUACAGUGGGCAGUUCUGCUAGUUUGGGCCGUCAUGCGAUACCUUAUAACCCGGAAGUUGGGGUUGUGGGAAUGGGCAUUGCAGGGAGCUAUGGAAGUCCAUAUAGUUCACUUUAUACGAGUGGAGGUGGAGUGGGAAUGUAUGGAACUGGGCUCCCACAUGGAGGAGGAAGCAGCACCACAAGCGACUGGCAAAUGGACAGUGUGAUUGAGCAGAUAGAGAAGCAAAUGGCGGCCGUGCUGGAAAAAAUCGAGGGAGACAUGCCCUCGCUGCUUGAGCAGAUCAGUGACUGUCCUGCUGAACCACCACGUGCGCGGAGCACACACGCUUCUCCUGCCACCCCCCGCUCACGCCCGUCACAACACUCCCCGGCUACCACAUCCUCAGCCACUCCUCCACCACUGCCCACCUCACCCAGACCUGCGCUACCAUCUCUUCCUCGCCUUACCAUCCCCCCACCCUCCUAUCCCCCACCCUCUCCUCCCACACAAGCCUCACCUCAAGUCGCAGGAGAUCUGGAGGACAGAGAUGGACAGAGGGGUGCUGCCCAUUCCGGCCAGUCACCUAGAGCUGGCAUGAACAGGGGACUAUGAGGCUGGUGUGCAUGAUGCAAAAUAUAAAUUCAAACCACCUGGAACACUGGAAUUUAUAGUUAAAACUUGACAAUUUAAAGACUGUCUCCACCAAUCAUUUACUGCCCAGAAGAAAAGUAAAACUGCAGGGCUAUUUUGUUUCUGUGUUCAAACCAGACGACUGUUCAAGAAAGCCCCACAUUAUAGCAUCUAAAUACUUUGAUGAUUGCAGGACACAGGGAGUAUGGAGCUGCAUCUUGCACGAAAUGGCAGUAGCAAUGGCCAUCAUCUCCAAAGCUUGCUUAUAUCUCAAUUGUAGAUUGUUUAUCUGAAUGUUGACCAUUCAACCACCUUACACUGGAAUCCAAGCACUCAUUGCAGUUUGCAUAUAACGGACCUGCUCCAAUAAGAAAAGUGUGAAUAAACUGGGAAUGAGUUUAUGUACAAUAUUCCUCACCAAAUGUAAAUACAUAUAAAAAAAAAAGAAAACUAAGUUCAAACCCAAUUCUUGAUUUUCUCAGACGUUAAAACACCACAUAUCUAAAGUAACGUAGUUUUUCAAAGCAACACAUUCCAUUUAUUUAUCUGUUGUUCCUUUUUUAAUUUAUGUAGCUAUUAAUUCUAUUGUGAGGCUUUGGUUCCCUCAGAUGUACAGACAUUUGUGAAACAGAACCGUCAAGUCACAGGCUGAUAGAUCAUCUGCUUUGUUUAAUUAUAUGGUGUAAUUAAACUUGAAAUGUCACUCAAAGUCUUGUGAACUGUUCCACGUGUGUUUUAAAUUGGAGGGGAAAGUCCUUCAGUACAUUAUAUUGCAUAAAGGCUUUACAAUAACACACAUAGACACACUUAUACAUGUAUUUUCUCCUCUUUUCCCCAUAGUUGACCAAAAAUUCUCAUUUUCUCCAAUUUUGUUGACAAAUUCAUCUGAUAUCGUUCAAUGGACAGCUUGGUCUAUUUUCUCCUUUUAAUCACACUGAAUAUUCUUAUGAUUUUCACUCUGCUUUUUGGGUGUAUGUAAUACCAGAUUCUGUGCUUCUCUCCUGAACAAGUCUAGAUCUCCACUAAACUGUCCCUAUGUGAACUGUACUUUGUUUGCAAGUCUUACAAU